AUGGAGUAAGUGUAAUUUAAAGUGGUACUAAGCAUUAAACCUGUACCAUAAAGCCUAAAAUAAGGCUAAAGAACGUGCUGUAUUAAAAAUAUUGUAGUAGCGGUUCCCAGAGAUACACCUUGUCAUGGUCUUAUCAAUUGAAUGAAAAUCAGUGUACUACUGGUAUCGUACUCCCAGUUACAAUAACUCAAAGCUUAUGUUUUUUAUCUUACACAUGUUCUUCUUUGUUUUUCCGGUGGCUAUAUUCAGAUGUUGAUGACAUUCGACUUCAUGGUUUGAACAACAUAACCUAUUUGGUAAGGAUACCUACUAUAACAUGUAUUACUAUGUAUGUACUAUAAUUCGUGACUUUGAUGACUUAAUGUGCUGAUAUUUACAGUUUGUUGCGUUACAUACUGUAAAAACAAUAUAGUAAUACUAAGCUGUGUAAUAAUCUAGUAAAAUGGCCAAAAGUACUUACUGUAAUGUGAAAAAAAAGAAAAAUGAUUAUUUUAGCCUAGAUAUUAAAUUCAACUAAUUUGAAUUUAAAAUUUUUAUAGUGUAGGGUCAAGUAAGAUAAGGUAGAGUAGAAUAGAAAAGAGAAAUGUAAAGUAGAAGGUAGUAUAACAAAAGGUAGGGUUGGUAAAACUCCAAAGACUGAAAAUUUGAAAAAAUAUGAAAAUAAAAUUCUAAUUUCAGUUUUGCCAAUUAAGCUUAUUGCUGGCUACAGUAAGCUUUUACAAACACUACCUCAGAAGCUACAAUACUCGAAAAAGACGAUUCUUAAACUCGCAACACUCACAAAGCACUUUGGAACACUUUACAUUCCUAGAAAGACAACUAAAAGAUGCUUAUGAUAAGCGAGAGUAUUAUUCCAAAUAUCAGUACUAA